AUGGUUGAACACGUCGGUUCUGAUAAUAAGUCGAAUCAGCAAUUGAUCGGUAAGUCACAAUUCGUUAAUCAUGCAAUUGCACCCAACGCUGAAGAACAUAUGGAUAAAGAUGUCCCAAUAAUAGAGAUUGCAACGUAUUCUGAUACUGAUGUCUUUGAAUGUUAUGUUCGGGGUUUUGAAGUAAAUAUAGUUAUGAGAAGAACGCGUGAUGAUUGGGUUAACAUUACUCAGAUAUUUAAAGUUGCCAAAUUUUCAAAAGCUCAAAGAACUAAAGUACUUGAAAAGGAAUCACUAAAUAUGCCACAUGAAAAGAUUCAGGGUGGUUACGGUAGAUUUCAAGGGACAUGGGCUCCUUUGUCAUCAGCAAUCUCGUUGGCAGAAAAGUAUAACAUUACAGACCCAGUAGUCACACAGAUACUUAUGUUCCGAUUCGAUCCAAAUAAUCCACCGAGGAGAAGAAGUAGGAAUAGCAUUCUUAGAAGGUCAUCUCCGGGGGUUAAAAUAACUUCUCCGUCAAGUUAUAACAAAACUCCAAAGAAAAAGGGUAAUAGCAGCACAUCCAAAAAUAAGAAGAGUAAGCAAUCUUUAGUUAACCCGAGUCCACUUCAUAAUGUAGCUUUUCAGACUCCCCAACAACAUAAUAUGAAUUCAACGGAUUAUGGAACCAAUGCGAAUGAGAAUAAUAGUAUCCGUUUGCAACAUGGAAUUGGCCAUAUUCCAACAAUAACAGGGCCUUAUUCGGCUACACAAAAACCACUUCAAUUCUACCCAAUACCGACCAAUACAAUGAAUAGCAUGAUUCCAAAUAUUAACCAGGAUGCAAACCAAUCGUUCAAUGUCCAAACUAUGAACCAACCUCAUCCAAAUAUGCCCGCCGCGGAGCACAUGACACUUCAAGGAAACUUCAAUAGUAUAAAUGUGAGAACAUCUACCUUAAACAAUGGAAUGAAUAUAGAUGAAAAUAACAGUUUACAAAUGGUUAAUGAAACCAUUGAUAGUAUAAGGCCACUUGCAAUGGCUAGUAAACGAAAACUACCUAGCAAACCACAGCGACCUCGCCAGAAGGUUGACCCCUACAAAGAUAAUAAUUUUGCUGACUCGUUUAACAAUAACAAUAGGCUUAUGAAUAAUGGUGCAAGUAAUAAUUUUUCAGCCGGUUCAAAUAUAGAUAUGUUUUCUUCUAAUGAUAAUAGAACACCGUUAUCAUCUCGUUCAAGCUCAUCCCAAUAUAUUGAGAAUAAUGAUGAUUUUAAUAGUAAUGAUGAUAAUACAAUUGAGACAUUGAAUGCAACAGAUUAUAAAGCGGCCCUUUUGCAAGUUUUGGCUACAGAAAAAUCUGAUAAACAAACAGAGAAAUUGAUUGCAAAACUAUACUACCCUCCACCAGAUUUUGAUAUUAACUUUAUUAUUGAUGAUCAGGGACAUACACCUCUUCAUUGGGCCACUGCUUUAGCAAAUGUACCCCUGGUAAAAAUAUUAGUGGAAACUAAUGCAAAUCUUACCGUAUAUAAUAAAUUGGGGAUAAAUUGUGUCACGAAGGCAGUAUUCUAUAAUAAUUGUUACAAAAAACAAAUAUUUCCAGAUGUUGUAAGACUUUUGAAAGAGUGUUUAAUAACUCCAGAUGCAAACAGAAGACUCCCCAUACAUUAUUUGGUAGAAUUGAGUGUUAAUCCAACAAAGGAUCAGAAAAUAAUUUCAUCAUAUAUAGACACUAUUUUGACUAGUUUGGGUCAAGAGAAUCCUGAACUGUUGAAGUCAUGUUUAGAUUUUCAGGAUAAUAUGGGUAAUACUGCGUUGCAUCUAGCAGCGUUAAACCUUAAUGUAAUAUUAUGGAACAGGUUAAGCUCCUUGGGGGCAUCCGUAGAUAUUGUCAAUGGUGAUAAUGAGACCCCUGUUUCCAUUCUGAAUAAAUUCAACUUUGUUCCCCCCACAGACAGUCAAUCGAUAGAUAGUGCUAGCAAACAAUCUGAUGUGAGUGAGAACAAGAAAUAUUCUAGUAAAAAGAUUAAAGAAACCUAUAUGGAUGUGAGCCAGGUAACGAUAUCAGAAACACCAGCAAGUUCCCGUGCUGUGAGUACUAAGGUACGAAGUGUAAAGAAAAAUAGAAUAAAUGAUAGCUCAACCCAAAAAAUUAGAAAAAAUAAAUUAUCCAGAACCCCUGGGCUUGAUAAAAGUCCUGCUAAUAUUAACAGUAUCUUAGAUGAUAUUGCAUCUUUAGAUUCUCUUGUAACAUCAUCUGUCCUGAAGAAACCUAAUGUCCAUGUUUCUACGACUUUGCAACAGUCUCCGGUUAUUUAUAGAAAAACAAUUACUGAUCUUCAGAACUCUAUAAUCGUGAAGAGUCCCAAAUCAAAGCAUAUCCAUUCUCCAAUUGAUAUGCUACAGGAUGCAGGUUUAUUUGAGGAGAAUAUUGCUACACAUCUCUUACCACCAAACAUGAAAAUAUCCGCAUUACUAGGCAAAUUACGAAAUUCUAGCAACGAAUUUGCGUCGUCAUUGACAGGUACAAUUGAUGGGUUAACAUCUGGUAUACAUGAUACGGAAUUAGGUAUUAGAGAAACUGUAGAAAGAAUUCAAUUACUUGAAAAUCAAAAAGAGGAGGUGCUAGACACACUGGUUGAUAUUGAGAUGAAUCCCUUGAAUUUGAAGACAAUCGAUGAGGUUAAGGGUAAAGUUGACGAUUUAAAUGAACAGAUUGACGUCGGUAAAACGGCGUGCGUCCAGUACACCGAGAAGUCUCAGGCAUUAAAACUAGCAACGUUGGUUCAAGAUGAAGAAGCUUCCCUUGCUUCAGCCACGAAUGGUUGUUUAGACGAGCCUAUAUCCAAAGAAAACAUCUCGCAAUCAUGUAAAUUACUGGUGCAACUAACACUAUUACAAUUAAGAAGACGUUCGUGUAUCAACAAAAUUACAGAGAUUAAAGUGGAAUUAAACUCUACAGAAAAAUUAAACAAAUAUAGAUACCUUAUUGGUAUGACUAUAGAUGACAUUGAAACCAAAUUGGAGGCUAUCGAAAACGAUCUGCAGGCAAAUCCAUAA